AUGUCUUCAUCGGCGAUAUUGUUUGUGGGGAAUCUGCCCGCAGUCACGAAUGCCCAAUACCUUGAGCGUCUUUUUUAUGCCUACGGCGAAGUGAAAAAUGUGAAGAUGCACCAGGAAGGCAUCCAUCCAUACGCAGAAGUGACGUAUGGUGCUGUGGAUGACGGGGACUCUGCGAUAGCAGCGCUCCAUGGUAACUACUGCGCGUCAAAAGACCUUCCUCUAGUAGUUUUAUACCACCGCAGUAGUCCAAUGGUCUCGGAAUACGGUCUUAAGGUGGGAAAAGAGUACGCUGCUGCCUUUGCAGAGAAUCGUGACCCUUUGCCCAUACCGUUAGAGGCCUUCGAUGAGAAGUUUGAGCGAACCGACGUACCACCUCCACCUUCAGAGAGAGAAAUCUUUGAAGGAUCCAACUGGAGUAGCUACAAUAACGCAUCACAUGAUGUCGGCGGAAAUUUUUAA